CCUAGGUUAUAACGUCAAACGAUCCUCGCAGGAUCGCCACUUCUGCCAACGCAAAGCAGAGACCACUUUGGAGCUUUUCGUCCCAGUAUAGUUUUCGUCAAGUUAGUUAAUUUCUUUUUAAAGCGUCGCGGCCAAGAACAGCGCGAAAGCAUGUAUCGAUCCAUUCUUCUUCUGGCUCUUGUUGGUGCCGCGUUCGCGGAGAACGAGAUUGUGGAGAACGAGUCGGUGGAGGAAGUCAUCUUCGCACUACCCCACGACGAGAGCACUGUUAUUAUCGUUGCUGAGAAUCUCCUCCCUGCACAUCCCUGUGACUAUCAAACCUGCGAGCCCGAUUAUGUCUGUGAACUGGACCAAUCUGCGCUGCCUGCCAUCAAGCCGCUAUGCCGUUCUCUGACAGAGGCCAUUGCCGAACCGGGUCACACCCAGCUCUGUUUGAAGACGCGGCGUACUGACAAUGUCCAGGCGGAGAACACUGGCGACGAGUAUACGUACCAAUGCCAGUGCAUGGAGCAGUGUCCGGAGCCCAGAACUGACGAAGAGAUGUGUGGAGACGAUGGUCAUACGUAUCCCAGCCACUGUCACUUGCACCGCGAGGCCUGCAGAGCCAAUCGUGCUAUCCGCAUCCUCCAUAAAGGAUCCUGCCUGCCUGCUGAGAAUGACAACUGCCCGAUUUUGGAAGUCGACGCUCAGCAAGAGGACUCUGCAGCCUAUCUGAGCUGUAAAGACCCGCGGGAAAUUUGUGACGCCAAGUGGAUGGUUGGUCCGCCAAAGCUUCUCAUCCCAGCUCAGUCCACCGAGCGCUACACUGUGCGUCGUCGUCCGACUGGCUACGGUUCCUCCAUUCUCAUCACUCAGGUGGAACCGGAGGACGAGAACCGAUUCAAGUGUGCUUGCUCCGACCGACCUGAAUGCCCAUUCCGGGUGGCCAGACUUCACGAGCCAGGACAUGUUGAGCCAGAGGCAACCUGCUUUGAUAUUGUCCACUCUACGCAUGAGCACCUCCUCUUUGAUGCUGAGAGUCCAGAAGCAGACUUCCGCCACUGUCAGAUUCACAACGUCACUGCCAAGGACAUCACAUGGAUCGACUUCAAGGCCAGCAACGUACACGCCACAAACUGUUCGUUCGAGACGAUUCGCAUUGUCAACAGCCACAUCACCAACCUGACGCUGGCUAACUUCACGCAGGUUAGACACAUUGAGGUGAUCAACUCAACGGUGAUGAACAUCACUUUCCUCAACAGCACACUGCUGAACAUGACCUUUGUCAACGUGACUCUACUCAAUCACACAUUCGUCAACGCAACUGCUUACAACUUCACGUACCUCAACACCACCAUCACUAACCAUACCUUCCUCAACUCCACCAUCUACAACUUCACCUACAUCAACUCUACCAUCUUCAACAAGACAAUUAAUUCAACCGUCUUCAAGAACCUGACCCUGAUCAACUCUACUAUGGUCAAUGUGACGAUGCUCAACUCCACCAUUACCAAUCACACUCUUGUUAAUGUCACUGCCUUCAACCUGACCAAGUGGAACGUCACCAUCAAUGGCUCCAUCUACAGCAAUGUGACAUUGAACAACACCAUGUGGAAGAACGUCACUUUCCUGAACAACAUCAUUAGGGAAAUUUUUGAGGGGUGCAUGUGCCCCCCGUGCCCAUUGCCGAGCACGCGCCUGAUCUCACUGUUCAACAAUCUGACCAACUUCACCCUAUACAACGCUACAUUCUACAAUGUCAGCAUGCAGUCCAUUAACGCCACCAACUUCACCUUCAUCAACAGCACAUUCUACAACGUCAGCAUCAUCAACGCGAGCCUUGUGAACUACACCAUGUACAACGUGUCAGCUCAUAACUACAGCAUGGUCAAUGUGUCCGCUUUCAACCUGACCAAGUGGAACGUCACCAUCAAUGGCUCCAUCUACAGCAAUGUGACAUUGAACAACACCAUGUGGAGGAACGUCACCUUCUUGAACAACAUCAGCAUCCCCCUGUUCAACAACCUGACCAACUUCACCCUGUACAAUGCCACGUUCUACAAUGUCAGCCUGCAGUCGAUCAAUGCCACCAACUUCACCUUCAUCAACAGCACAUUCUACAAUGUCAGCAUGAUAAACGCAAGCCUGGUAAACUACACAAUGUACAAUGUGUCUGCUCACAACUACAGCAUGGUCAAUGUAUCUGCUUUCAACCUGACCAAGUGGAACGUCACCAUCAAUGGCUCCAUCUACAGCAAUGUGACAUUGAACAACACCAUGUGGAAGAACGUCACUUUCCUGAACAACAUCAUUAGGGAAAUUUUUGAGGGGUGCAUGUGCCCCCCGUGCCCAUUGCCGAGCACGCGCCUGAUCUCACUGUUCAACAAUCUGACCAACUUCACCCUAUACAACGCUACAUUCUACAAUGUCAGCAUGCAGUCCAUUAACGCCACCAACUUCACCUUCAUCAACAGCACAUUCUACAACGUCAGCAUCAUCAACGCGAGCCUUGUGAACUACACCAUGUACAACGUGUCAGCUCAUAACUACAGCAUGGUCAAUGUGUCGGCUUUCAACCUGACCAAGUGGAACGUCACCAUCAAUGGCUCCAUCUACAGCAAUGUGACAUUGAACAACACCAUGUGGAGGAACGUCACCUUCUUGAACAACAUCAGCAUCCCACUGUUCAACAACCUGACCAACUUCACCCUGUACAAUGCCACGUUCUACAAUGUCAGCCUGCAGUCGAUCAAUGCCACCAACUUCACCUUCAUCAACAGCACAUUCUACAAUGUCAGCAUGAUCAACGCAAGCCUGGUAAACUACACAAUGUACAAUGUGUCUGCUCACAACUACAGCAUGGUCAAUGUAUCUGCUUUCAACCUGACCAAGUGGAACGUCACCAUCAAUGGCUCCAUCUACAGCAAUGUGACAUUGAACAACACCAUGUGGAAGAACGUCACUUUCCUGAACAACAUCAUUAGGGAAAUUUUUGAGGGGUGCAUGUGCCCCCCGUGCCCAUUGCCGAGCACGCGCCUGAUCUCACUGUUCAACAAUCUGACCAACUUCACCCUAUACAACGCUACAUUCUACAAUGUCAGCAUGCAGUCCAUUAACGCCACCAACUUCACCUUCAUCAACAGCACAUUCUACAACGUCAGCAUCAUCAACGCGAGCCUUGUGAACUACACCAUGUACAACGUGUCAGCUCAUAACUACAGCAUGGUCAAUGUGUCCGCUUUCAACCUGACCAAGUGGAACGUCACCAUCAAUGGCUCCAUCUACAGCAAUGUGACAUUGAACAACACCAUGUGGAGGAACGUCACCUUCUUGAACAACAUCAGCAUCCCCCUGUUCAACAACCUGACCAACUUCACCCUGUACAAUGCCACGUUCUACAAUGUCAGCCUGCAGUCGAUCAAUGCCACCAACUUCACCUACAUCAACUCUACCAUCUUCAACAAGACAAUUAAUUCAACCGUCUUCAAGAACCUGACCCUGAUUAACUCUACUAUGGUCAAUGUGACGAUGCUCAACUCCACCAUUACCAAUCACACUCUUGUUAAUGUCACUGCCUUCAACCUGACCAAGUGGAACGUCACCAUCAAUGGCUCCAUCUACAGCAAUGUGACAUUGAACAACAUCAUGUGGAAGAACGUCACUUUCCUGAACAACAUCAUUAGGGAAAUUUUUGAGGGGUGCAUGUGCCCCCCGUGCCCAUUGCCGAGCACGCGCCUGAUCUCACUGUUCAACAAUCUGACCAACUUCACCCUAUACAACGCUACAUUCUACAAUGUCAGCAUGCAGUCCAUUAACGCCACCAACUUCACCUUCAUCAACAGCACAUUCUACAACGUCAGCAUCAUCAACGCGAGCCUUGUGAACUACACCAUGUACAACGUGUCAGCUCAUAACUACAGCAUGGUCAAUGUGUCGGCUUUCAACCUGACCAAGUGGAACGUCACCAUCAAUGGCUCCAUCUACAGCAAUGUGACAUUGAACAACACCAUGUGGAGGAACGUCACCUUCUUGAACAACAUCAGCAUCCCACUGUUCAACAAUCUGACCAACUUCACUCUGUACAAUGCCACGUUCUACAAUGUCAGCCUGCAGUCGAUCAAUGCCACCAACUUCACUUUCAUCAACAGCACAUUCUACAAUGUCAGCAUGAUCAACGCAAGCCUGGUAAACUACACAAUGUACAAUGUGUCUGCUCACAACUACAGCAUGGUCAAUGUAUCUGCUUUCAACCUGACCAAGUGGAACGUCACCAUCAAUGGCUCCAUCUACAGCAAUGUGACAUUGAACAACACCAUGUGGAAGAACGUCACUUUCCUGAACAACAUCAGCGGGGAAAUUUUUGGGGGGUGCACGUGCCCCCCGUGCCCAUCGCUGAGCACGCGCCUGAUCCCACUGUUCAACAAUCUGACCAACUUCACCCUGUACAACGCUACAUUCUACAAUGUCAGCCUGCAGUCCAUUAAUGCCACCAACUUCACCUUCAUCAACAGCACAUUCUACAACGUCAGCAUGAUCAACGCGAGCCUUGUGAACUACACCAUGUACAACGUGUCAGCUCAUAACUACAGCAUGGUCAAUGUGUCCGCUUUCAACCUGACCAAGUGGAACGUCACCAUCAAUGGCUCCAUCUACAGCAAUGUGACAUUGAACAGCACCAUGUGGAGGAACGUCACCUUCUUGAACAACAUCAGCAUCCCACUGUUCAACAACCUGACCAACUUCACCCUGUACAAUGCCACGUUCUACAAUGUCAGCCUGCAGUCGAUCAAUGCCACCAACUUCACCUUCAUCAACAGCACAUUCUACAAUGUCAGCAUGAUAAACGCAAGCCUGGUAAACUACACAAUGUACAAUGUGUAUGCUCACAACUACAGCAUGGUCAAUGUAUCUGCUUUCAACCUGACCAAGUGGAACGUCACCAUCAAUGGCUCCAUCUACAGCAAUGUGACAUUGAACAACACCAUGUGGAAGAACGUCACUUUCCUGAACAACAUCAUUAGGGAAAUUUUUGAGGGGUGCAUGUGCCCCCCGUGCCCAUUGCCGAGCACGCGCCUGAUCUCACUGUUCAAUAAUCUGACCAACUUCACCCUAUACAACGCUACAUUCUACAAUGUCAGCAUGCAGUCCAUUAACGCCACCAACUUCACCUUCAUCAACAGCACAUUCUACAACGUCAGCAUCAUCAACGCGAGCCUUGUGAACUACACCAUGUACAACGUGUCAGCUCAUAACUACAGCAUGGUCAAUGUGUCCGCUUUCAACCUGACCAAGUGGAACGUCACCAUCAAUGGCUCCAUCUACAGCAAUGUGACAUUGAACAACACCAUGUGGAGGAACGUCACCUUCUUGAACAACAUCAGCAUCCCACUGUUCAACAACCUGACCAACUUCACCCUGUACAAUGCCACGUUCUACAAUGUCAGCCUGCAGUCGAUCAAUGCCACCAACUUCACCUUCAUCAACAGCACAUUCUACAAUGUCAGCAUGAUAAACGCAAGCCUGGUAAACUACACAAUGUACAAUGUGUCUGCUCACAACUACAGCAUGGUCAAUGUAUCUGCUUUCAACCUGACCAAGUGGAACGUCACCAUCAAUGGCUCCAUCUACAGCAAUGUGACAUUGAACAACACCAUGUGGAAGAACGUCACUUUCCUGAACAACAUCAGCGGGGAAACUUUUGGGGGUUGCACGUGCCCCCCGUGCCAAUCGCCGAGCACGCGCCUGAUCCCACUGUUCAACAAUCUGACCAACUUCACUCUGUACAACGCUACAUUCUACAAUGUCAGCCUGCAGUCGAUGAACGCCACCAACUUCACCUUCAUCAACAGCACAUUCUACAAUGUCAGCAUGAUCAACAGCAGCCUCGUUAACUACACCAUGUACAAUGUGUCUGCUUACAACUACACGUUGUGGAACAUGUCCGCGGUCAACUACACGAUGAAGAACGUCUCGUUCGUGAACUCAUCUUUCGUGAACAUCACUGCUCUGAACUUCACCCUGUCCAACUGCUCUGCCUCAAACUGGACUCUGGCUAACUUCACUGCCUCUCGCUUCAUCCUGCACAACAUCUCUGCCGUUAACGUCAGCAUGUACAAUGUCAGCAUGGUGGCUUCUCGCUACGUGAAUGUUACCUUCAUGCGCUCCAACUUCACAGAGAAGUUCAUCCUGAACUCCAGCUUCGUGAAUGUUACCCUGGCAGAAGCCAAGAUGGAGAAUGUCACAAUGGUGAACUUCACCAGCGCCAACUUCACUACAUUGAACAGCACUGCAUUGAACUACACCUUCAUCAACACCACCAGCUUCAACAUGUCUAUUGACCAAUGCCAGUACACCAACUUCAGCCUCAUCAACUCGACCUUCCUGGCUCCUCGAUGGGUGAAUGUGACUUUCAACGCCACAAUCUUCAACAACGUCACCUUGAACAAUGCCACUCGCCCGGUCAUCGCUAAUGAGACUGGUCUCUUCUACGUGCAGGAUUGUGCCAACAGCAGCUUCUACAUGGCUCCCUACAUUGACUCCGUGCUCUUCUUCAACUCCACCAUCAACAGCACCAGUCUCUACCAUGCUAAGCUGGUGAACAUCACGCUGGAGCUGACGCUCUUCAACAACUCGCUGAUCUACAACAGCACCAUCUUCAACAUUGGCGCCUUAAUGAACCAGUUCUUGAGCUGCUCGAUCCUCAACACGACUGUCACCGACGGAUUCCUGAGCACGAAUAUCUUCAACACCAUCCGCCGCUAUAUGCUGAUCACGGAGGCUGUGUUCCUGGAGGGCUUCAACACCAUCUCAAAUAUCUUCGAGCUGGAGGUGCUUCCCGUGGAGCUGAUUGAGGAGCCAGUAAUGGCACUCCUAGAGCUUCCCUGCUAUCCAGUCGACAACGUUCUGGAAGAAGUGGAGAUAACUGAGGAGCCAUUGCCUUUCAGCAAUACUCCGUUUGAUCCGGAAAUGCCACCGCAAGAAAUUAUCUAUAAGGUCGACGACACGAACAUUCUUUUAAAUUUUUAAUUCGCUAACUCUCCUCCCCGAUCUAUAAACAAGUGUUCACACUCAUUUCCACCAUAAGCCCGUUCUACAGCAGAGUAAUCUCUUAUACUAGCUUUGCCUGUCCCUAGAUCACUCCUAUCUUCUAUUUUAUUCGCCAAACAAUCCAGAGGGCGGUUUUGAUACUGCAAACAACAACCAUGUGUGCUUCUUCCUGAGAUAUCUGUUAUUUCUUGGCUGAUGCCUUUCGGCCGUGUUUAUCAGCACACGCAUGCUGCCGUCGCCAUAACCUUCGUUUUGUGAAUCCUUAGGUAUUACAAUAGACAUCUUAUCAACAAUUA